GACACUGCAGAAGACACAGGGCCCAACACGAGAGGAACCCGUCGGACAGACCAACGGCGUCGCCAUGGCCCCUUGGACCCGAACCACCACCGAGAGAUACGGCGUCGUUAAGUGGAAUUUUACAGCCAAAGACGAGAGGCAGCUAUCGCUGGUGGUGGGUGAAACAGUGCACAUACAGGAAGCAUGCGAAGGCUGGUUUAAAGGCUACCUGACCCGGAACAAGGAACAUAAGGGGGCAUUUCCUGCAAAUUUCAUCGAUCUGAAGGAAGUUAUUAUUGAACAACGGGGGGAUGAUGAGGUUGUGACCUCUGCGGAGAUGCCCUUAGUGAAGGAGGUCACCACCACGCUGAGAGAAUGGGGCAGUAUCUGGAAGCAGCUGUUUGUGGCCAAUAAGAAAGAGCGUUUUAGCCAAGUGCAAAGGCUGAUGUGGGACCUGAUUGAGUGGCGCUCUCAGCUGCUCUCUGGCACAUUGCCUGGUGACGAGUUUAAGGAACUCAAGCAGAAAGUCACAUCCAAAAUCGACUAUGGAAACAAGAUUUUGGAGUUGGAUCUGGUGGUGAGGGACGGGAAUGGGAAUAUCCUGGACCCGGAUAAUGCCAGCGUCAUCAGUCUGUUCCGCGCCCACGAGGAAGCCACGGCCACCAUCACCGAGCGUAUUAAAGAAGAGCAGUCCAAUGUCCAGCUGGAUCAUUCUGGAGUGUCAGCACGGAUCCAGUCCUCGCCCACACACAGUCUCUACGUGUUUGUGCGCAACUUCGUCUGCCGCAUCGGAGAAGAGUCGGAGCUCUUCAUGUCUCUGUAUGACCCCCUCAAGCAGGCCAUCAUCAGUGAGAACUACCUAAUACGAUGGGGAGAUAAAGGUUUUCCUAAAGAUGUUGACAUGCUCAACAACUUGAAGGUGGUCUUUACUGAUUUAGGAAACAAAGACUUAAACAGAGAAAAGAUUUAUCUGAUAUGUCAGAUUGUGCGUGUUGGGCGUAUGGAUCUGAAGGACACCAACAAGAAGUGCACUGUAGGACUGCGAAGGCCAUUUGGGGUUGCAGUGAUGGACAUCAGUGACAUCAUUAAAGGAAAAAUGGAGUGUGAGGAAGAAAAGCAGUUCUUUAUUCCUUUUCAUCCGGUCUUGGCUGAGAAUGACUUUCUCCACACCCUCCUGAACAAGGUGACAGCCUCUCGAGGCGACAGUGGAGGACAGGGGCUGUGGGUGACCAUGAAGGCACUGGUGGGCGACAUCAUCCAGAUCCGUAAGGAAUACCCCCACCUAGUGGACCGGAGCACAGUGGUGGCACGGAAGCUGGGCUUCCCUGAGAUCAUCAUGCCCGGGGACAUCCGCAACGACAUCUACCUGACCCUGCACUCUGGGGACUUUGACAAGUACAACAAGACCACGCAGAAGAAUGUGGAGGUCAUCAUGCUCGUGUGUGAUGUGGAUGGCAAGGUUGUGCCGAACGCUAUAUGUUUAGGAGCGGGAGACAGACCGGUGAGCGAAUACAGGUCCGUCAUCUACUACCAGAUUAAACAACCUCGCUGGAUGGAAACUUUCAAGGUGGCGAUCCCUCUGGAGGAAAUGCCAAAGAUCCAUCUGCGCUUCAUGUUCCGCCAUCGCUCUUCUCAGGAGUCAAAGGAUAAGAGCGAGAAGAACUUUGCUAUGGCGUUUGUGCGGCUGAUGAAGGUGGAUGGGACAGUGCUACAGGAUGGACCACAUGACCUGGUGGUGUUUAAGGGCGACAGCAAGCGCAUGGAGGAUGUGAGCUCCUAUCUGGCCUUGGCCUCAGAGCGUAGUCACACCGACGUCCACAAGGGGACGACACUGAUGAGAAACAACAGCAGUACAUGUGGCCUGUCUGUCAGCUCACGAGACAGCUUCACCAUAUCCACACUUGUCUGCUCUACCAAACUCACCCAGAACGUGGGUCUGCUGGGGCUGCUCAAAUGGAGGACUCAUCCAGAACUGCUGAAAUCUAACCUGCAAGAACUCAAACUCAUCGAUGGAGAGGAGGUCGUCAAGUUUCUGCAAGACACUCUUGAUGCUCUGUUCAACAUCAUGAUGGAACACUCUCAGACUGAUGACUAUGAUAUACUGGUGUUUGAUGCUCUGAUCUAUAUCAUAGGCUUGAUUGCUGAUAGGAAGUUUCAACAUUUUAACACUGUAUUGGAGGCUUACAUUAAGCAGCACUUUAGUGCUACACUUGCCUACAAGAAGCUCAUGUCGGUGUUGAAGACGUAUCUGGACGUGUCCAGCCGCGGAGAGGCGUGCGAGCCAAUUCUACGCACUCUGAAGGCCCUGGAGUACAUCUUCAAAUUCAUCGUCCGCUCCCGCAUGCUCUAUUCCCAGCUAUAUGAAGGGAAGGAGCAGGAAGAGUUUGAAGACUCUCUGAAAAGCUUGUUUGAGUCCAUUAACAAUCUGAUGAAGAGCCAUUUCCCCACCACUUUGUUGCAACAGGUGGCAGCUCUAAAGUACUUGCCUGCCGUGCUACAGGAUAUCGAGACCGUUUUUGAUGGAAAGCUGCUCAGUAAGUUGCUGUAUGAUUUUUACACCUGCAUUCCUCCGGAGAAGCUGCAGAAGCAGAAGGUGGCCUCCAUGACUGAGAUCGUCAGCAGUCGUCUGUUCCGGAGAAAAGAUUGCCGUGAUAUACUGUUACCCAUGAUGCUUAAGGAGCUGGGCGGAGCCUUAGCUGACGUGAGGGAGGGGCCUCAUGAUGAGAGGCGGAACAGUGUGGAGCUCCUCAACAAGAUUCUGGAGGUGCUUAGCCACAAGGACGUGGGAGACACAUUUCGGCAUGUUCGGGACAUUGUAACGUGUCUGCUGAGGACAAUCAACUGCACGGUCAUCACCAUGGGACGAGAACAUGCCCUCAUCUCUCGUGUGGUAGCCUGUAUGACUGCUAUACUGAGUCAGAUGGACGAUCAGCAUUAUUCUACCUACAUCGAGACUUUCAGCGGGACUAGUGACUUAGUGGACUUUUUAAUGGAGACAUUUCUGCUGUUUAAGGACCUUAUUGGUAAACACGUUUACCCUUCUGACUGGGUCACCAUGAUUAUGGUUCAGAACAGAGUGUUCCUCAGAGCCAUCAAUACAUAUGCUGAAACCAUGAACCACAAAUUCCUCGACAACAACAACUUUGAAUUCCAGUUGUGGAAUAAUUACUUCCAUUUGGCUGUGGCAUUUAUUACCCAGGAGUCUUUGCAGCUGCAGCAUUUUUCCCCCACAAAGAGAAACAAGAUCCUAGCAAAGUAUGGAGACAUGAGACGACUGAUUGGUUUUGCCAUCAGAGACAUGUGGUACAAGCUGGGGGUGAAUAAGAUCUGCUUUAUCCCUGGCAUGGUUGGGCCAAUACUGGAAAUGACUCUAAUUCCUGAGGAAGAACUUCGCAGAGCCACAAUACCCAUAUUCUUUGACAUGAUGCAGUGUGAACACAAUCACACUGGGCACUUUAAGAAAUUUGAGAAUGAGAUCAUUCUGAAGUUGGAUCAUGAAGUGGAAGGAGGGGGAGGAGAUGUUAGAUACAUGGAACUCCUGCAGACCAUUCUACUAGAUUGUGCUCAGGAGCACACCCACCUUUUGCCAGAGGUGCGGAACUUCGUUUCCUUGGUGACCGGCCUCCUAGAGCGUCUCCUUGACUACCGCACGGUGAUGAGCGAUGACAGCAGGAACAACCGCAUGAGUUGCACAGUGAAUCUUUUGAAUUUCUACAAGGACAUCAAUCGUGAGGGAAUGUAUAUAAGGUACCUCUAUAAACUGAGGGAUCUUCAUCUGGAUGGAGAGAACUACACAGAGGCAGCAUACACACUUCUGCUGCAUUCCAAGCUGCUUAAGUGGUCCGAUGACCAGUGCACCCCCCAGGUGGACUUCCAGAGCCCCCAGUCUCAGCGGCAGCUCAAAGAGAACCUCUACAACACCAUCGUCAGCUACUUCGACAAGGGCAAGAUGUGGGAGGAAGCCAUUUCUCUGUGCAAAGAGCUUGCUGACCAGUAUGAGAUGGAAGUUUUUGAUUAUGAGUUACUUGGGCAGAGCCUGAAACAGCAGGCAAAGUUCUACGAGAACAUCAUGAAGAUACUUCGGCCUAAACCAGACUACUUUGCCGUGGGAUAUUACGGCUGUGGAUUCCCCCAGUUCCUACGGAACAAAGUGUUUAUCCACCGUGGCAAGGAAUAUGAGCGCAGAGAGGACUUCCAGAGCCACCUGAUGAGCCAGUUCCCCAGUGCCACCCGGCUCAACAUCACCACCAUGCCCGGGGAUGACGUCAAAAAUUCCCCCUUGCAGUACAUCCAGUGCUUCACGGUCCAGCCCGUCCUGGAGAUCCCGCCCCGUCUGAAGAACAAGCCAGUCCCUGAUCAGAUCAUCAACUUCUACAAGUCAAACUAUGUUCAGCGUUUCCAGUACUCCAGACCUGUGAGGAAAGGGAAAGUGGACCCUGACAAUGAGUUUGCUUCUAUGUGGAUUGAGCGCACCACAUUCUACACUGCAUACAAACUGCCAGGGAUCCUGCGCUGGUUCGAGGCCAUGAGUAUCAGUCACACGACAGUGAGCCCUCUGGAGAAUGCCAUCGAGACGAUGGGAAACACCAACGAGAAGAUCCUGACCAUGAUUAACCAGUACCAGUGUGACGAGACACUUCCCAUCAAUCCCCUCUCCAUGCUGCUCAACGGCAUAGUGGAUCCGGCUGUGAUGGGUGGCUUUGCCAAGUAUGAGAAGGCGUUCUUUACAGACGAAUACACACAGGAGCAUCCAGACGACAAAGAAAGGCUGCUCCGCCUCAAAGAUCUCAUCGCCUGGCAGAUCCCCUUACUGGGUCGAGGCAUCUCUCUGCAUGGGAAGAGAGUGACUGAUGAUCUGAGACCAUUUCACGAGCGCAUGGAGGAAUGUUUCAAACAGCUCAAGAAGAAAGUGGAGAAGGAGUACGGAGUGAGAGAACUGCCGGACAUGGACGAUAGAAGGUCAACUCGUCCACGCUCUGUCCUUCGCUCGGUUCGGCAGUCUGUCUGCUCAAUGGCUGGGUCGGAGUGUGGAACCCCCACCAAGCAACACCCAGACAGUGUCUCUCUGGACUCGGUGCCUCUCAGCCUGCCCCGCUCAAGUGGGAGUGUCAGUGUGACUGACGAGAAUGGAGUGGAGGUGGAGGUCAAACUGCGCAAGUCCAAAUGGAGGAAGAAGUCUGGCAGAGGAAGCAUGAUUUUCAUCAGCGAAGAAAAAGAGAGGAUGAGCACCUUGGACAGCAAACGGCUUUCAAAGAAGCAAGAGUUCCGCAGCGACACAAACCUAUCAGAGCCCAGUAUGGAGGGCAGCUUGGCCAGCAUUAACUCCAGAUCACUGCCUGCUAUAACUGGUCUGUCUCUGUCCGUAGCCAAUGGGAGUGAGGAGGUGGAGAAUGUGCGGUCCAAGCGAGAUAGUAAGAGUGUGUCUGUAUGUUUGCCAUCUGACCGCACCAGUGACCGCCGCUCAAAAGGGGUCAUCAGCCUGAUCUUUAAAUCCCGGCUGGGCUCCAAGGGUGAAGAGGGGAAACCAUCAGACUCUUCUGAAGAUGCCACACAUUUCUAACUUCUGUUCCAAAAAGACAAGUUAGGCCUGCUCGUGUACCUUCACUGUAGCAGCGUUAAGAGAGUUCCAAACAACCGAUACCAUAAAGGAAGUAGCAGGACCACGUCAGUGUCCUGGUUGACACUUUAUUAUGGGUGUAUGACGAUGUAAUGCUUGAUGCAUAAUCGUUAUGAAAUGAUGAGAUAAUUAUUUAAUGAUAGUCUGUAACACAGUUAAGCGCAGAAUCAUGAUAGCAGUUAUUAGCUGCUCAAACCGUGAUUCUAAUAAAAAAUAUUGCACAGCAAUGUAUUCGUCAUUAAAAUCAGAAUUUAGGUGCUCUUGUAUGUUUGAAAUGGGGGUAAUAGUGUGGGCUAAAACCCGAUUCCAUGAAGAGAGUUAGAGUUAGCCUUCACUUUUACAUCUAUCUAGUAUUGUAUUGGAUAUUAAUUUUAAAACAAAAACAAAUUGCUGUACCAGUUCCCAGGAACUUUUAUCAUUGUGAAUGCUACACAAACAAUUGUGAAUGUAAAGAUCAGAAGGAUUUUAAACUUAACUCCCAACCCUUGGCCAUUUUAAAAUAUCCACAUGUGAAUUUUAUUGUUGAUAAAUUAUCUUUUGAUAUGCUCUUGGAGCUCUUUGAGGACAAAUAAUCACAUCUGUAUAAAAAUGCUGAUGUUGUUACUGAGGGAAUGUUGAUGAAUGCUGAUAAAUGAUUUGAAAUCAUGGCUGUAUGAUGACCGCGCAGGGUCCAUCCUCUUACGCCCGGUGCGGAUCUCUGACCCUGCAGAGCUUUGGGCUAUUUCCCGUUUUGCAGCAGGGGGCCAGGCCUUGACAGCAGGCUCACUGUUUUUAACUUUGACUGUAAUCCCAUCCCAAAUAAAUAAAGUGUUAAUUUCA